GAGGCGGAGGAGUGUGGGCUCGCCACCAGGCGUCCGGAAGGGGCGAAAUAGUGAGACCACCGGAGCAAAAUGUCCGCCACCGCCUUCGUUCUCGGGCGCCAUGGAAGGGCGAUUCUCACGCGGACGGUCCGACACCACCAGUGUCUUGGCCCCUUCGCGCAACUCUCGGCCACGAGGGACCUGACGAUGACGGCGGUGGGGAGGCGCGCGCUGCCCCGCGCGGACUGGGACACCCUAGGUAUCUGGUUGGAUGAGCCCGUCGCGCUGCCUCCGCUCAGCGCGCGCUACACGCGGACCUCCUCAGCAGUCGCCGCGUCCGCCACUGGAUGCGCGAGCCACACCGGCAAAAGGCGGGAAAACGAGGACCGCUUCGCCAUUUCCAGACUCAGCGAGGACGUUCUCCUUUUUGCCAUUUUUGACGGACACGGCGGGGAUUCGGCCGCAGAAUUCUGCUCAAAAAAGCUGCCCUAUUUAAUUCAGAGAAAUCUAAUCCAAGAAUCUGAGCUGGAAUCAGUUCUGAAGAAAUCAUUCAUUCAAAUUGACAGUUAUUUUCUUGAGAGCAUCAGCACCACAGAAGAAGAAGAAGAGCUCCUGUCAUCUGGAACCACGGCGACUGUAGCCUUGUUGCGAAACGAGACCGAGCUCUUGGUUGCCACCGUGGGAGAUAGUCGCGCUGUCCUUUGUCGGGCGGGCAAAGCCGAGUGCUUAACAGAAGACCACAAUGCCAGGAGGAAAGAUGAAAGACAAAGGAUUCAAGAGUGUGGCGGCUUCAUUGAGUGGAAUAGUGUGGGAGAACCCUAUGUCAAUGGAAGGUUGGCGAUGACUCGAAGUAUCGGUGAUUUCCAAGUGAAGCCUUACGGAGUCAUCGCUCUGCCUGAAAUAACAACUGUGAAUGUGGACCACAACAGCGACAGCUUUCUCGUUCUGACAACGGAUGGCGUGAGUGGAAUCAUGGACAGCCAGGAAAUGUGUGAGAUCAUCAAGAAGUGCCAGGACCCAUCAGAGGCUGCAUACAUUGUAAACGAUCAAGCACUGCAAUAUGGAUCACAGGACAAUGUAACAACCCUGGUUAUACCAUUUGGAGCAUGGGGGAAGUACAAGAAUGCCUUUCGUUCCUCCAACUUUGGGAGAAUGAUGGUGGCUAGUUGUCGAUGGGGUUAAUACACUUUUAUUAAAUUGUGUUAAACAUUGACUCAUCUUCUGUCAGUUAUGCGCUGGGGAGAUGUUUAAAAUGCUUUUUAAAAACUUUCAUUACAUAAUGAAAGUAACAAAUUUGGGUACCUUAAUGCACCUUUGAUCUAAUCCCAGUUUAUAUAUUUUUAUAGUAGGUGUUUUUGACAGAUAGAAGGGUGAAAUUUACUUUAGCUGAACUGCAUAGUUCAGUGGUUUUCCCUUUAAAGGGUUAAAGCAAAUCAGAGCUCACCCCAAAAGAUACAGGAAACAGGCAUUUAAAACCUAUUAUUUUUCUAAGCAGUGUCAUUACAGCAUGAGAAGAACUUUUUACCAUCUUGUGUGGAACACCAGCCAGAAGGCUGGAAAUGAAACCCCUGUUUACUAUAAAUAAAAAUGUUGAAUAAAUAAUCAA